CAGUUUAUUCAUGGUAAAUAUGUCAAUAUAAACUUAAUUCCGGGCAACAUCAUCCGAUCCAAAAAUACCGUAUUUUGAAGUAUACAAAAGUCGUUUUGCUCCCAUUUAAACAGUAAAAAACGAACAAAUAGGCGAAAAUUCCAUUGUGAUAUUAAUUUAGCAACCCGUACGUGAUUCAAAUUUACAGAGAAAGAGACUAUUAAGGAUGGACAGCCAGGACAGUUUGUCGAAAAAAUCCAGGGUGGAUCUGAGCUCACUGCCUACUCGUCAAUAUUUGGAUCAAACUGUUGUGCCUGUUUUAAUGAACGGGUUGUCCUAUUUAGCCAAGGAGCGCCCGACUGAACCUAUAACCGCACUUGCUAAUUAUCUUUUGAAACACAAGAAUAUGUAUGAAUCUGGGAGCGAGAAUUCCCCACCCAAUGGGGAGAAUGAGAGCAAGGCUUAAAUAAAAGGCAGAUAUUUACUAAUUUAUUUGAUAUCAUUAGGUUGUAUUAAGGUAUAUUUUAUUUUUUUUUGAUGUGGCAUGUAGGAUAAAUAUUAUAAUAAAUACACCAUAUUAACGAUUUUAUUAUUAUAUUUGAUUUUAUUCAAUAAGAAAUAUACAAGAUUUUAUAAA